AUGGCAGAGAUCAAGAAUCAGAAACACUUUGUGCUUGUACAUGGUGCUUGCCAUGGGGCUUGGUGUUGGCACAAGCUCAAACCACUGCUUGAGUCCACCAGUAACCGGGUCACGUUGCUUGACCUAGCUGCUUCAGGCAUCAACAUGAAGGCAAUCCAAGAUGUUCAAACAAUUGAUGAUUACACAGAGCCUUUGUUAGAGCUGCUGGCCUCGCUACAGCUAAAUGAGAAGGUUAUUCUAGUAGGGCACAGCCUAGGAGGCUUGAAUUUGGCUCUUGCUAUGGAAAAGUUCCCGGAGAAGAUUGCUGUUGCUGUUUUCUUAUCUGCUUUCAUGCCGGAUACCACUCACAAGCCAUCAUUUGUCUUGGAACAGUAUAACGAAAGGACCCCAGCAGAGGACUGGUUGGACACUCAAUUUUUACCAUACAGCAACUCUCAACGGCAUCUCACGACCAUGUUUUUUGGACCCAAAUUCUUGUCGUCCAAGCUGUAUCAAUUAAGCCCAACUGAGGAUCUUGAGCUGGCCAAGACUUUGUUAAGGCCAGGAUCACUGUUUCUGUAUGAUUUGUCAAAGGCAGAUGAUUUCUCCACUAAGGGGUAUGGUUCAGUCACACGAGUAUUUGUUGUAUGCGAUGAAGAUUUAGCCAUACCAGUGGAGUUUCAACGCUGGAUGAUUCAAAACAGUGCUGUUGAAGAAGUUAUGGAAAUUAAAGGUGCAGACCAUAUGCCUAUGUUUUGUAAGCCAAAAGAACUCUUCCAUUGCCUCUCAGAGAUAGCAAAUAAAUAUGCUUAA